AUGGCACAAAAGCAGACAGAUAGUGAGCGUAUUAGACAACUUUUAGAGGAUGCAUCUACUCCAGAGUUGACUCCAGAACGGAACCCAUACAGUGAUGAUGGCGAAUAUGGAUCGGAUCAAGAAUUUCAACCUAAUUAUGAUGAUAUAUCGAAUUCAGAUUUGGAGUCUACAGAGACAAGAAAAAUUGCAAGAAAUAUGAUGAGAACAGAGUUCAGCGGAUCUAGUGAUACUCUAGUGUCAGAUGAUGAAGUAGACGUAAGAAUCCACUCAACUUUAACUGUCCCUGUGGACAAGAUACAGAUACAAGGGAUGCCGAGAAAAAACUCCCUUAUGCCCUACAUGUUUUGA